AUGUCUGUGUCCAUCUCUUUGGACCGGCCCCACACGCACUUCACCAAUCUCGACUUCCUCACGGGCAAAGUCAUCCUACAACUUCCGUCCGAAGCCACCAUUGGAGGCAUUCAGGUCAAGCUCGAAGGUGAAAGUCGCACGAGACUGUCAGGUCCGAAACAUCCGCACCAUGAUCAGUCCGAUAAGAGGCGGACCGAGUUAGAAGUCCACAAGCUUCUGUAUAAGGUCUUGACGUUGUUCCCCACCCCCGCGGUCUUCAACGCCGAGAAACCCACCACAGUCUACACCUUUGCUGCGGGCACAUACGAAUAUCCUUUUCAGUUCAAGUUUCCCUUCAACAAUGCGUGCAGCAUCCACAAUAGCAUGCUUACCAAUCUCAAUAUUACUGGGCUCAAGGUUGAAAUGGCGCGAGAUACAAAUCGACAUGUCAAGAAGACUUUACCCCCUUCGCUAAGUGGCUUUCCCGGUGAAGCUGAUAUCAAGUACUAUGUCAAAGCCACCGUGAUCCGGCCGCAGUUCUACAAGGAGAAUCUUCGCGCCAUCACCAAUCUAAACUUCCUACCCAUUGAGCCGCCGCGCACAGGCAACCCUAACGAAGAGACCUAUGCGCGUCGUCAGCAUCAAUUCGUCAAUGCGCCCAAUCAAUCCCGAACCAAGGCCCUUUUCAAGAAAGUCUCCAAUGCUUCGCUUCACGAUCCUGGAGACUGUCCUCGAGUGUCUGCGGAUAUUCGACUCCCGAACCCGUCUAUCCUCACUUGCAAUGAGCCAAUACCAUUACGCAUUCUUGUCAGCAAAGUCUCCGAAUCUUACGAGACGAUCUUUUUGCAGAUGCUGCAGAUCGAGUUGAUAUCAUACACUCACAUUCUCGCCCAUGACCUCCGACGUACUGAGAGCGGCAGUUGGGUGCUCCUGAGCCAAAGUAACAUGGCCAUGCCACUGGGGCGAGGAGGUGACCCAGCGGGGUCGGAAUGGUCCCUCGACGCAAAUCUCUGGAAUCGCAUACCCCUACCAAGCUCGGUGGCACCCACUUUUGAAACUUGCAAUAUUUCCAGGACGUACGAGUUGGAGGUGCGCGUGGGCCUAACCCAUGGCACAGUUGGAAAUAUGAAGCCCCAACUCAUUGUGCUUCCCUUGAGAAUGCCCGUCAAGGUCUACUCUGGAAUCGCUCCGCCGCAGGCCCUUCUGGACGCCAUGGCCGCAACGGGACGCGUCAAACCAACAAUUCCGCCGCCGAUGCCCAAGCGUCCGACAGAGGAUGGCGGUGAACGUCCCCCGAUGCCCCCGAGACCUUCCACGGGUCUCGCGGAACCAUCUGGGGCCGCAGGCCAUUCACUAUAUCCCGUGCCAGUCAGCGCCGAUGAAACCUACGACGAUGCACCACCGAGCUAUGAGGACGCGAUGGCUGAAACUCUGAGUCCAGUGGAUGGCCCCCGUCGCGAGUAUAACCCACCAGAUACUUCUUCCAGGAGAUCCCAUGAAUCUGGAGCUGAUCGAAGGCCGUCAGACUACCGUGGGAAGGAUCCUGAAGCCCGGACACCCUAUGGUAACCGUGACGCCAACUCGUCCUCGGAGUCUUUCGACAUGCUUCCCUCAACUCCACCAGAGUCACACUCUGGAUCGCCUCCGACGUCCCCUGUGGCGCGCCAACAGAGCGUGCUCAAAAUCCACAAGGUCCCUCCGCCGAUGGAGGAUAGUCCACCCCAGUAUGAGUCCGUGGCAGAAGAGGGCCAGCUCCAACCUCCCCAGGGUCAGCGUGAACGCAGAUCGUCCAGCCCGGGUUUCCGUCCGAUGAAUCUCGGAGUCCCCAAUCGCAAGCCAGUGCCUCGAAGCCCAAGUUCGGGGGGUUCCUGA